GUGCGUGUAAGGUCUUACGUCAUUAUCAACAAUAUUACUACGGGGCAACCAGUAAUAUGUUGCACUAUUAAUGCUUGAAACACUUUUCGUAUGUGACCAUAACCAAUAAUUAGUUUUCGGAUAACUUGACCUAUCAUUUCUCUUGAACUCUUUAUCCUUUGUAGGAAACUAAUGGCACGUGUGCUGCUGGUAAAGCCGGACAUGCGUACCCUUAACACCUGGUGUCAUGACUGGUUUUCAUUGAUCCAUUCAUAACAUUGUCACCGCUAUUUUGCCUUUUGCGCCCAAUACAAUCUGUUUCAGUACAUAACCGAGAUUAGUUAUUCUCUGACAUUUUAUAUUACACCCAUGUCUGUAAAUCACAAGUUCGCCGAAGCCGAAGAGAUUGUACAUGUCGUAGUCACAUGGUGUAAGCAACUUCAGAUUUAUGGUGGAGAAUGUAGCGACAGGAUCAUCUAGGUUUGACGGUGACGACUCGCCUGAAAGAGCGGUCUUAUUCAUUCAUUUCUUUCCUCGAUUCUGGGAAAAGAGAGUUUCACUGGAUCAGCUGUGAAGAUAGAAGGCGGCUAUGUGUAAGGGAGAGGGAAGACUGAGAUCAUGACUGUCGAUACACGCCGGGAAGACAGAGUUAAUGGCUGUUCACCUAAGGCUUGAUGAAUAUAUUUUCUACGCAGGUCUUCCACAGUACCUCGACAGUUGACAUAAUGGUGAAGACCACCUCUGUGAUGCCCGCGGUGAUUGCCUGCAUUCUCCUUGGUAUCUGUUGUGUGAGGUCAGCAUAUGGACAAUGUGGAGACCACUGCCUCGACUGUAAGCAUGGUACCUGCAGCGAGUGUAUAUAUGGAUGGUACGGUACUGAUUGCACGAAAUCUUGUCAAGGGUGCUGGUACGAUAGAUGUGAAAGAGACACAGGGAGAUGUGUACAGUGUUCGCCUGGAUACUACUCUAAUGCAUGUAAUAAAGGAUGUCCACUUGACUGUCGUGAAAGCUAUGAUGGGGACAGGUACUGUGACCGUGACACAGGGGGGUGCCUAGAGGGGUGUGUCCCUAGGCGGUGGGGACAUCAGUGUGAGAGAGUCUGCAGCAGCACCUGUGAGGAGUCCGUAUGUGACCAGGAUGAAGGAACAUGUCUUCUUGGUUGCACCGAUGGAUGGUUCGGCCAGUUGUGUGAUACACCAUGUCCAGAAAACUGUCUUGGAAACAGGUGUAACCUAUUUCAAGGAUAUUGUGGUCGCUGCAAGCCAGGGUUUAUUGGGAGAAAGUGUGAUAUACAGUGUAGGAAUUGUGCAGACAAUACUUGCACCUACAACGAACUGCUCUCAUCUGUUAGUUGUACCAGAGGAUGCGUGAAGGGAUGGACGGACGAGGACUGUCAGUCCCCUUGCAGCAACAGAUGUCUUGACGAGGACUGCAACAUCAAUGGCACAUGCAAGAGAUGUCCAGAUGGAUAUUAUGGUGACAUUUGUACUGUGGCAUGUGAACAAUCUUGCCUAAAAUGUGAGCAGAUAUCCGGAGUAUGUACUCUCAAGCAAAGUCGAGAAAUUCGUCCAAAGGAGGACUCAUAUGACUUGCCCACCACGCCCAUAGUACUGCUGUCACAUGGUUCCCGGAUCACCUGUCCACGGAUCUGGAUGUGCAUGUUAGCAACGAUAUGCUACGGACUCAGUUACGGAUGGGGUUGAAAUGAACUACUUCUAAACAGGAUUCCGUUAAAUGUUGUUGGAUCGUGUUUAUGGAAUUUGGAAGUUUAAAUUUCAAUGAUUGUUAUUUGGGGAUUUCCCAAUAAAAAAUAAAAAUAAAAGAUAUAUCAUAUCAUAUCAUAUCAUAUCAUAUUUUGACAGACAGAAUUUUAUUCAGUAAAGAAGGCCACAUGACCCAUAGUUACAAUAUAUUUUGGAUACGCUCUAUUAGCUAAUAAACCUCAAUAUAAAUAUAGAAACAGAUAGCAUACUGACAGUGAUGGGAUUAUAUAAAGUGUUAUAUAAAUCUGACAAACUAAGAUUUUCCAGACGCUUCAGUUAGUUGUUUUCUUUUCUUAGUACAGUGAACCCUGAAACAUUUCAAAUAGUGAUAACUGUAAAAAUACUAGACAUCCCCUCUGAUACUGAAAAUGGUAUAUAGAAAUCUAGAGAAAUAAUAUAAAAUCUCACUUUGAUCUGAUGUACACAACAUAUUUAUAGUAACAAAUGAUUUAUUCUUUUUUCUCAACUCCUCUAGAAAAACCUUUCGGCUAUCUUCAUACCUAGGACAUUGAAAUAUAAUAUGAUUUUCAUUCUCAAGAACAUUACAAAAAACCCAAAUUGCUUCUUUAUCCUCUUUAACACAUUUACCUUUUCUAACAUUCUGGAUUCCAAAUGAAUUAAAACCACUUCUGAAUUUUAACAACGCUCUUCUAAAUUUAGUUACAUUUAUACAAACCACAUAUUUUUCACAUUCUAACAAAGAUUUAAAUGAGGAACAAAAAACAAGAACUUUCUUUUGUUCCACAUCUGAAUGCCAAUCCUGUGUUGCACAAUCCAACACUCUUUGCUUAAAUAUGUUUAGAAAUAACUGUUCAUCUCCCACUUCAUGCGAUACCCAUACUACUCCAAAA